AUGGCCGGGUCUCGUUCCCAGGGCAUGAACCGCAAUGUCACUGCCGAGAUCCGUAAUCCACUUGAAGGUAUCCCGCGUCACCAGCUGAUGUCCAGCGUGCAGCAGUAUGCCCAGGAACACGAACUCCUAGACAUCGUCCCCUUCCUUCGAAAGGGUGCCAUAGCAGGCCAGAAUCCAAGCCAUGCGUGGAACGCAGAAAAGCUUGAGGGCUUCGGUGAGCUUGAUGCCGAAGAUCGGGAAGUUCUCGUUGUGGAGCGUACAAGCCGAUGGAAGCAGCCCCGAGCUUUGUACUACACCAUUAUCCUGAACUCUAUUGCGGCUGCAAUUCAAGGUUGGGAUCAGACUGGCUCAAACGGUGCCAACCUAACCUUCGAUGCUUUCUUUGGUAUUCCUAACAAUGCCCCGUUGUGCCCUGACAAGCAUACCUGCGACCGCAACCAGUGGAUCGUGGGGCUCAUCAAUGCAACACCUACUAUUACGAUCUGUCUUCUCGCCGGUUGGCUCGCCGAUCCCCUGAACAAUCUCUUCGGCCGCAAAAUCACUAUUUUCAUUGCCAGCAUUUUCAGUCUCCUUGCUCCCAUCGGCUCGGCCUUUACUCAACACUGGGGUCAGCUGGUGGCUUGUCGUGUGCUUCUGGGUAUUGGAAUGGGCUUGAAAGAGGUCACCGUCCCCGUCUACUCUGCUGAAAAUGCACCAACCAAUAUCCGUGGAGGUCUGGUCAUGAGUUGGCAGCUCUGGACUGCAUUCGGUAUCUUCCUCGGAACUUGUGCAAAUCUAGCAGUCAAGGACGCCGGCAAACUUGCAUGGCGCUUACAGCUUGGCUCGGCCUUUCUACCAGCAGUACCUUUGCUCUUAGGAGUUCUUUUCUGUCCAGAGUCUCCUCGCUGGCUUAUUCUCAAAGGAAGACACCGUGACGCAUACAAUUCUUUGAUUCGUCUUCGUAAUAGCCCUCUGCAGGCUGCUCGGGAUCUCUUCAUGAUUCACUCGCAGAUUGUGUUGGAAAAAGAGAUGCUGCAAGAAUCUGGCUACGCCAAGACCAACAAUACAUUUGUUCGCUUUAGCGAACUCUUCACGGUACCUCGUCUGCGUCGAGCAGCCUUGGCCUCUGGAAUUGUCAUGAUAGCCCAGCAGAUGUGUGGAAUUAAUAUCAUCGCAUUCUAUUCCUCGACUGUCUUCUCGCUUGCCGGUGCAAGCAACACCGAAGCACUCUUCGCAUCAUGGGGAUUUGGCCUGAUCAAUUUCCUCUUCGCCUGGCCCGCAGUGUACACGAUCGAUACAUUUGGCCGACGAGGCCUGUUGAUCUUCACAUUCCCCCAGAUGUUCUGGACACUGUUAGCAGCUGGCAUGUGUUUCUGGAUUCCAAAAGGUGACACAGCACAUCUCGGUCUGAUUUCGCUAUUCAUUUACCUAUUCGACGCGUUCUAUUCUCCUGGCGAGGGCCCUGUCCCAUUCACAUACUCCGCCGAGGUGUUCCCGCUGUCUCACCGUGAGAUCGGGAUGGCAUGGGCAGUCGCAGUCAAUAAUCUUGGGGCAGCAGCACUGUCUCUCACGUUUCCAUACAUGUUGCGUGCCUUCACUCCCCAGGGCGCAUUCGGAUUUUACGCCGGUCUCAACGUUGUCGCUCUUGUCCUGGUCUUCCUUUACAUGCCUGAGACAAUGCAGCGAUCUCUGGAAGAAAUGGAUUAUGUGUUCGGGGUACCUACUCGAACUCAUGCUAAGUACCAGCUCACGGUGAUACUUCCCUGGUGGAUCAGACGCUACAUUUUCAUGCGCAAGGAUGCUGUUUGUCCUGAUCUUUAUCGGAUCCAUGAGGGAGUCGACAAGCCGGAAAAUGGACAGAACAAUGGAAAUUCAGCCAGGUUUGAUGCCCAUGAUAAACCCUUGCACCACUUUGAGGAUAUCACAUCUCUGGAUGAGGUUUAG